AUGACGGAUUUCAGAUACGGUUUAAAUAAUUUUUACGGAUGUUUGUUAAAUUCGACCGUUGUCAAUUUACCACCCAUUAUUAUUUUUCCCAAAAAUGAAGAGGAAAUAAAUGGCGGUGCAUUUAAUCCUACAGGUACGGAAGCAUCGAUAGUACUGGAAUUAUCGAAAAAAUUAAAUUUUAAAUCUUGGUUUGCCAUACCUGAGGAUAAAGAACUUUGGGGUUGGAUUUAUCCAUCACCGGGUGGUGUGAUAGGAGACAUAUUUACAAAAAAAAGUUAUUUCGGAAUUGGACUUUUAGCUGCAACUACUGAACGCCAUCAUUUACUAGAUAUUUCCGUACCUACAGAACCUAAAUUAGAAUGUUUAAGUUUUGCCGUACCUUUUGGAGUUAUGAAAAAACAAGCCGAUUGGAUCGAAAUUUAUAUUAACGAAUUUAAAAUAAACGUUUGGAUAAAUUAUGAGAAAAAAAGCAUUUCGAGUGUCGCACUCGAUACUUUUUCCGCUUUUCUAGGAUUUCCCAUUAACGUAACCCAAAAUAGUUCGUUUAGAAUUAUCACGAUUGCAUGGAUUUGGUACUCGUUUAUAAUUAUUAUUUCUUAUCAAUCUUUAAUGAGAAGUAAAUUAACAGUACCGUAUCACCCGAAAGAAAUAGACACUAUACCCGAGUUACUGGAGUCAGAUUUGGAUUUAUACGGUCCCAUAAACUUGGUGAAAUUUGUAGCAAAUAACGCGGAAGGAAUUAGAGAACAAUUGGUGAACCGAUUUGAAUUGAAAGAAUUUAUCGUGGAAGAAGUCAUGAACUACGUAAGUUUUCACAAAGAUAAAGCUUAUCUUCAACAAAUGACUUCACUUUUUUACUAUGCCAUGAUCAAUCCAAACUCAAGAGGAAAGGUACAUUUUAUGAAAGAAUGCGCAUCAGAAUAUUAUCCAAUAAUUUUACUACAGAGAAACAGUCCGGUAACGGAAUCUUUCAACAAAAUCACGAGAAAAUUAUUUGAAUCGGGUAUUUUAUCAAAAUGGAGGAGCCAAUACAUUUACGAUACAGUAAAAAAAAAUCCGCCAUCUUCAAAAUUAUCGUUACGUCACAGUAAAGUGAAUAAAUAUGUACCUACAUACAUGUAUAAGUAG